AUCAUUCAUAUGUUGCGUCUAAUUGAUAAUAGUUUUGGGGCGUACUUUCGGUGCUGUCAUGUAUGUUCCGCGCUUGUCAUAUUUUCCCCACGUUAGCAACGGUGUGUGAACGCCGAUUACUUUGCAAGUGACGAAUAUUUGGGAUAGAAGAAAGUUUUAGCUGUUUAUUUCAUUUUAGUGUGCAAUUUGUAUUCAACUGCAGCCAUGAUGGACGGAUUAGACGACGGCACUGAGAUCCUCAACAAUGAAGAUAACAGAAAACCGGGGCGGUCGGAGACCGUGGACCUGACGGACAACUCCCUCAUGGUCGACAUCUCGGACGCCCUGAGCGAGAAGGACAAAGUCAAGUUCACCGUACACACAAAAACGACUCUUCCAGAGUUCCAGAAGACGGAAUUCCUGGUGGUUCGCCAGCACGAGGAGUUUGUGUGGCUGCACGAUCGCUUCGAAGAGAACGAGGCGUACGCCGGUUUCAUCAUCCCGCCGGCGCCGCCGCGGCCGGACUUCGACGCGUCCCGGGAGAAGCUGCAGAAGCUGGGCGAGGGGGAGGGCACAAUGACCAAGGAGGAGUUCAACAAGAUGAAGCAGGAGCUCGAAGCGGAGUACCUGGCGACCUUCAAGAAGACGGUGGCCAUGCACGAGGUGUUCCUGUGCCGGCUGGCCAACCACCCGGUGUUCCGCAAUGACCACAACUUCCGGGUGUUCCUGGAGUACGACCAGGACCUGUGCGUGCGCGGCAAGAACCGCAUGGAGAUGCUGGGCGGCAUCAUGAAGACCUUCGGCAAGACGACGGACGAGCUGUUGCUGUCGGCGACCAUCAAGGACGUCAACGACUUCUUCGAGCAGGAGAAGACCUUCCUCAUCGACUACCACAACCACCUCAAGGACGCCACGGCCAAGGCCGACCGCAUGACCAAGCGCCACAAAGAUGUGGCAGACUCUUACAUCAAGAUCUCCACCGGACUGGUGCAGCUUGCGACAAUCGACAGCAGCGACCUUGAGAAGUUCUUGACCAAAGUGGCGGAGACGUUCGAGAAAGCUCGGAAGAUCGAGGGGCGCGUGGCGUCGGACGAGGACCUGAAGCUGUCGGACACGUUGCGCUACUACAUGCGCGAUUCGUUCGCGGCCAAGCGCCUGCUGUACCGGCGCCUGCGCUGCCUCGCCGACUAUGAGAACGCCAACCGCAACCUGGAGAAGGCCCGCACCAAGAACAAGGAUGUCCACGCGGCGGAGCUGGCACAGCAGCAGGCGUGCGAGAAGUUUGAGCAGAUGUCCGACAAGGCGAAAGAAGAGUUGAUGGACUUCAAAUCUAGACGUGUGUGUGCGUUCCGCAAGAACCUCAUUGAUCUCGCAGAGUUGGAAAUCAAGCAUGCAAAGGCCCAGGUCCAGCUGUUCAAGAACUGCCUGGCGUCGCUGAACGAGGAGUGACGUCCGUUCCUGCCGGUCGCGACUGCCGACCUCUCGUCCUUCGUCGGCUAGCGGGCGCCCCCGACAGAGCGUGCCCCGCCCCGACGCACUUCCCCCCCUCCCCGACCUCCCCGUUGCGCCCGUCGCGAGCCGGGCGCUGCAUUUCUUUCUUCGAGCAUCUUGUGUACUGAAUACAGUGUGUGUUACUGCGUGUGUCCCCCUCUCCCUUCGCAAGUAAAUGCGUGUUUUUGGUUUUUUGUGUGCAAAGCGUGUUGAAGAUGACAAUAUUUUUUUCUAUUGCAUGUAUUUACUGUGUUAAAUGGGUCUGAAAUGAGUAAAUCCAGGGUGUAUUUAUUUUUUGUUAAUAAUCUGAAUUUUGUCUUUUCUUACUGCACAUUCCUCGUACUUGUUUUCAAAUUUUUUUACAUAUCAAUGUUGUCCUAUAUAGCAUUGUUUGUCUGUUGGUAACUUUAGUAAUAUUCCUGUUUUUUCCUUGGAAUCUGUAGAAAUUAUGUAAUAAAGAAUUUUGUUUUUUUAUAUUUUGAAAAGCUGAGACAAGCUUCUUAAUAUUUAUGUACUAUGUCAUUAGUUUUCCUUUUUAAUUAUGCAUUGAUUAAAGGCAUUUGCACCCCUUUUUGCUAUAAAGCACUAUUAAACAUUCUUCAAAACUUUUACACUAAAUUAGUGAAUUUGGUUUUACUACAAUUGUAUUGCUUCUUAUGAGAAAUCUGAAGUCUAAAUGUAAUUUAAGUGGUACGACGAUAACUUUAAGCAUGUUUUGAUACUGUUUCAUGUUACAUAUGAAAAAUGUGUUGUAAAUAUUCUCAGAAAAUAAAAUAUAUUUUGUUUCUCAA